CACAGCUCACUUUGUCGUGUGUAACUGACCUGUUAGGUGUUUGAAUCAUGACCAUCAUCUGGAUCAUCAUCUUCACUCUGACGCCUGCUGGAGUCAGCGCUGGAACUACUGUAACUGGACACAGAGGACAGUCAGUCCAGAUUAGAUGCCCCUAUGAUUCUAGAUAUGAAACCAACAUAAAGUAUCUCUGCAGAGGAGAAUGUUCUGUCUGGAGACCUAAAGUCAUUCCAGUUCAGUCUGGAUCUGCUGAAGAUCAGAGAUUCUCUCUGCAUGACGACACAACAGCCAGAGUCUUCACCAUUAACAUCACUGAUCUGAGACCAGAGGAUGAAGGAAGAUACUGGUGUGGGAUAAAGAGGCCUAAACCACUUCCUGACCUUUACACAGAGGUCCUAUUGCUAGUUAAAACUGUGCGGGCACAAUUCACACAUCACUCUAGUUUUCCAUCUACAGGUAUCAUCAUUCUGUAUGUUUUUGUGUCAUUACUGGUCUCAGGAAUUGCUCUUGGUGUUUUAGUCUUAUUGUACAAAUGGAGGAAGUUUCAAGUUACAUUAGCAGAUGUUCAAAGCUCAAUUACAGCUCAGAGAAAUCCCAGAAGAGAUUGGGACACACCUGAUCAUGAAUAUGACGUACCUGGUAAUCAACAUUCAGUGACAAUGAGUCCAGUCUAUGAGAGCCUCAACCCCAACACCAGUCAACCAGAUUCAGUCUACCAGAGACCACGUUUCAACUCCAACCAAUCAGAUUCAAUCUACCAGGGCCUAAAUCCCAACACCAACCAAUCAGAUUCAGAAUACCAGAGUCUAAACCUCAACACCAACCAAUCAGAUUCAAUCUGA